GUCAGCUAUUCUACCUCUUUUUCUUGUGUUUUCCGCGACGGGGAUAAAGAAAUGGCGCCAGGACGAGAGAUCGUUUGCAAAGCGGCAGUGUCCUGGGAGCCGGAGCAGCUCUCUUUCGAGGACAUUCGCGUCGCUCCACCGCAAUCCGGCGAGGUCAGGGUGAGAAUCGUCCACUCCUCGCUCUGCCACACCGAUAUUACCUUCUGGAAAGGCAAGGGAUCGUUUCCAGUGAUCUUCGGCCACGAGGGAUCGGGGAUCGUGGAGAGCGUGGGCGAGAAUGUGGACGGCGUUCGCCCCGGCGACCACGUCGUGUCGGUCUUCCAGCCCGAAUGCCAGGACUGCCGCUACUGCAAGAUGCCCAAGACGAAUUUGUGCGUGGUGGCGUUCGCGGAGGUGAAAAGCUGGGCGAUGCUGGAUGGAAAGACUCGAUUCUCGGCCAUGGACGGGACUCCCAUUCACCACUUUCUCGGCUGCUCGACCUUCUCCGAGUACACUGUCAUGCAUCACUCUCACGUCGCCAAAGUCGACCCAUCGGUGGCGCUGGAGAAGAUUUGCCUCCUCAGCUGUGGAGUUCCCACAGGCCUGGGAGCUGCGUGGAACAUUGCGAAGGUCGAGGCCGGAUCUACGGUGGCCGUCUUUGGCCUUGGAACAGUCGGACUAGCCGUUGUGGAGGGUGCUAAAACCGCUGGCGCAUCUCGCAUCAUCGGUGUGGACAUUCAGCCAAGCAAACAACGCAUUGGAGAGGACUUUGGGCUGACUGACUUUGUGAAUCCAAAGGACUACAACGACAAACCCAUCCACGAGGUGAUCCAUGAGCUGAGCGGCGGUGGCGUCGAUUACAGCUUCGAGUGUGUUGGGAAUCCCAAGCUCAUGGUUGAUGCUCUCAACUCGCUCCAUGCGUUUGGAAGCCUCAUCAUCGUUGGUGUGACUCCGGAGGGCCAAAACUUGAGCUUCGAUCCAAACAUCCUCUUCUUUGGCCGCCAGAUCCUCUCGGGAUCACUCGGUGGAUUCAAGAUUCGCAGCCAAAUGCCCGAGCUGGUUGACAAGUUCAUGACCGGGGUGAUCGAUCUGGAUCGAUACAUCACGCACAACUUGCCGCUGUCGAGAAUCUCCGAGGGAUUUGGACUGCUGCUCGAGGUGGAAUGCGUAAAGUGCGUGUUCUCACACUGACGUCGACCUUAAAUAUCGCGGAACGAUUCGGGGCAUAUUCCACUACCUGUUUUCCCUCGCCAAGAAAGAAGCAAAGAAAUUAAGCGCG